AUGAGAAUUGCGGCGCGAUGGGAUAAGCAGGUCGAACAUCACAGCUGCCCAGAGAAGUGGAUACCGUACGACACACUCGAUAUACACGAACAUGCUCACUACCAACAACGGAUACGACUCCGAAGCGGUCCUCUUUCACAUGUUUCUCAGCUACCUGCCCCUCUUUCUCAGACCUGUCUACUGGCGUUGGCGUUUUGGGUUACGUGGGUGCCAUUCGAUAGGAAUCUCGCGGUUGCGGAAGCUGAUGGGAGGGAGUUUGACAAGCUUUUCUGGUUUGCUGGAGUGGCACUUUUUACAGUCUACGAGUACUACGCACACCUCACUUUUUUCAUAGAAGACAUAUUGAUUGUUGUUGAGAAGCUAUUGCAGCACUGGCGCCUUUUCCCUUGCCGGACAAGACAAGAUACGUGGGGACUAAUGCAUCGGAAGCGCUGCCGCGUUGGAGCGAUGUGUAGUUCGGUGAGCAAACGGGCGAGAAGCGGGCGAGACAUGCUGUCGCCGGCCCACCGGCAGUGCCAAGUUCGCUGUCUCAAAGAGGUCCCCACCGGACCGGGACCGGGACAGGAGCCAUUCCUCACGUGUCUCGGCACACCGCCAGUCGUCAGGAGUGACCGAUCGCGAGCCGGAGUACUGGUGGCCCACGAUCACUCUGCCCUCCGUGGCACUGUUACGGACCUGCUGUGUUGA